ACUCAACAUUCAACAAAAUGGCUGCCAAAGUCAUAGGAAGUUUGAAUGUGAUGGCCCAACUUUUAAAUAAGCAUAUUUUACCAAGUUUUUGUAUUCGAUGUGCACAGAGAGUCACACAGUUCAACACUCUACUCCGUGUUAUAAGAAUGCCUCAUGUAUCAUUAUCAGUGAAACACUUCAGCUCAGAGGUGAACAACUUCAAGACCAAAAUAACAGAGGCUGAUGAUGCAGAUGAGAUUGAUGAUCUUUACAAGCGAAUCAUCAUUGAGGUCAAAGGCCACGAUCCUGAGAUCAUCAAAAGUUACACCAAUUUUUUUGCGAUGACUGCAAGGGAACUCGAUAUACCCAUUCACAAUGUACACACCCCUGAUAAAGACAUUGAGAGGCUAACUCUACUCAAGUCGGUCCAUAUUUACAAGAAACACCGAGUUCAGUAUGAAGCAAGAACACACUACAAACAGUUUGAGCUUCUGAAGCUGACUGGUUCCACUGCUGACACUCUCCUGGAAUACACUCAGAGGAACCUUCCAGAAGGAAUGGCCAUGAAAGUCACCAAAGAACGCCUUGAGAGGUUGCCUGAUCAUCUUCAACACCCAAUAGAAGGUUCCACAUCAUCAACAGAAAGUACAGACUUACCACCAGAAGCAAGUUGAUGUGUGAUAGUGCGUGAUAAACUAGGGAAUAAAAUGCAUUUAUCAUUCA